GUCUUAUUAGAAAGAAUUAUAUUCUUUAUGGCAAAGAUUCUUUUCAGAUAACUUGUAGUGGUGAUAGUGGAAGUUCGGUAUUUUCGUAUUCAGAAAGUUUAUUGAAUGUGAGUUUAAUUGGCAUACAUAUUGGACGACUUAGAGAUUAUUCUGAAGCUAUACCAUUAGAUAUAAUUCACGCUAUUGGUGGAGUAGUACCCGUUUAA